UGGUUGCGUGGCUUAUUGAAAACCACAUAAGCUGAGCAACGGUAACAGGCCAAGAGCCUGGCUUUCUCCUCCCCAUGCUCCUGCAGCCACAGUUCACAGGCUCCAUCUCUACAUCUUUCACUUCCAUUUUGCAAAUUGUAUUUUUCACGCCAUUUUCUUUCAGACUUUUGGAGAUUUCUUCUGCACUGCGAAUUCUUUAUCGUUCCCAUAACACUCGCAUGUCCUCAAUUUGUAGCUCGGUUGGUCUUCUGGUUCCUCAAUGGAGGCACUGGAGGAACACCCGCUUCUUGAUUUUAUUUCGCUUCAAGAGAAAUAUUAGCUUCGUAUCACCUGUAAUUUACUGCUCAAACAAUGACUCCAUUUCCAAACAAAGCCAGGGUUAUGAUCCUUCAGAAGAGUUGCUGGGACUUGAGGCUGAUCUCAAGCCAAGGAAUGCUACCUCUGGUGCAUCUAAACGAAGAUCUUGGUUUGGUCCAAAUGGUCAGUACAUCAGAGAGCUUCCAUGCCCAAGUUGCAGGGGAAGGGGUUAUACUCCAUGUACAGAGUGUGGAAUCGAAAGAUCAAGAUUAGAUUGCUCUCAAUGUAAUGGAAAGGGUAUAAUGACUUGUCGUCAGUGUUUGGGGGAUCGUGUCAUAUGGGAAGAGUCAAUUGAUGAGCAACCAUGGGAGAAAGCGCGCUCGAUUUCUCCACUCAAAGUGAAGGAGGAUGAUGAAGUAGACAAUUUAGAAAUAAAGCUGGAGGUGAAGAAAAAAUCUAAGCGUGUAUAUCAAUCACCACCUCCUGAAGUUGGAGAGAAGAUCAGCCGAUCUCUAAAAAGUCUCAAUGCCAAAACUGGGCUAUUUAGUAAAAGAAUGAAGAUUAUCCAUCGCAAUCCUAAGCUUCAUGCACAAAGGGUGGCUGCAAUUAAGAGGGCUAAAGGUACUGCUGCAGCAAGGAAACAUACUUCUGAAACUUUGAAAGCUUUCUUUAGUGAUCCAGAAAACCGGCGCAAGAGAAGCAUAGCUAUGAAAGGAGUGAAAUUUUACUGUGGACACUGCGGACGAGAAGGACAUAGAAAGCACUACUGUCCAGAACUUAAAGAUAGCUUGAUAGACAGGCGGUUUAGAUGCCGGUUGUGUGGAGAAAAGGGCCAUAACAGAAGAACAUGCCGGAAGUCGAGGACGAGCAAUCAUAAUAAAGGCACAAUUACAAAGCAACACCGUUGCAAAAUUUGUCAUCAAAGUGGCCAUAAUCGUAGGACAUGUCCUAAACUGACCGGUUCAAAAUUAGAUGGCAGUGAUGCGAAGAAAGAUUUUCAUACGCCUGCCAUUUUUGUCAAGAAAAAGGACACGACAUGAGGACAUGUCCUAAUAGAAAAAGAGAGCCUGCAAUUAUUAAUCCUGGGUACAGGGAGGACGCCAACGACCUUUAUGUGGACUAACGUAUCUUCAGUGAACCUACAGGCAGUAUAACAUUUUUGCAGCUUCUGUUACUCUAAUAUGUGUAUAUAUAUAUCCCUUUUUUUAA